CCGUGCAAAUGUGUAUCACUUGCGAGUUAAUCAAUACCAAGUACGUAUUCAGUAUAAAACAUAUGUGAAUGUGAAGCGAACAUUGUGACAUUUAUAUAAGAUAUCAGACAACUAUAAUGUAUAUAUCAGAUCAUGGCGAGGAUUACCAUUCUAAGGUCGCACAUGGUGAAACAAUUCACUGAUCAAACGACGAUUUGGUGCUUAAAACGCCUGCGGACGACAGAUAACCCAAGCUGGAUACGAUUAGCAAAAGGUCGUGCUCGGAAUACAAAUUACCUUUAAGUUCUCGAUUUUAAAUACAAGUCUGUGGGUAUUUGUACUAUAUAAUGUGUAUAAUGAGGCUCAAAGUUUAGAUUAAGUUCAAUGGACGAUGUCAUACCUCUAAAACCGGUGUGUUCAAUGCUGGCGGUAUUAGUGUGACUGAUUAGGACAAAGUCGAUUGGAUUAUUUCACCAAGGAAUUCACCUUACGAGUCAACAUUUUUUAUUCAUUCUUAUAUAUAUCGCUCUUUACAAACAUACUUGGUCAUACAUCCAGAUUUGUGAUAUUACAUGUUGACGCAGUACUUGGAAUCCAGGAAAAUAUUCGUACCCGCAAUAAAUGCAAGAUGAUUAGCCGAUGGAUGACUAAACGUGAACUGGCUCGUUGACAGAAUGGCGAACGGAUUAAAGAUGAACGGUUGCCACGACAACGUGUUCCACCCCGGGGAACCUAAGAAUGGCUUAAAGCCCGUGUACACGGCCAAUUCCAGUGAAUUUGGGGGCCGGAAAAUCCGGAAAGUGAGCGAUAAAGAGUACCAAAGAGAUGUCACCAUAGGCAAGGCCCCGGACACUUUCCCGUGCGGGCACGUGCUGUGUCACAAGUGCAUACGGCGGCAUAUGACACCUUCACUGGAGGAUAAACUGUGUUGUCCGCUCUGUGGUAAAGAGGCCUCCAAAAUAUUCACCGCGGACCCAGGGACAUCCCUAGGUUAUAACGUAGACGAAGUGGACAAUAUAACGUUGUUAUCCAAUUUUGACGAUAUGACAAAGAAAUUCAAUGGACUCAAGUUUUCAAUACGCCAGCUCCACCGAGAGUCUGUGCAGUCCCGAAGCCUUGCUAUGACCUUCACGAACUGUGGUUGCCACCUGUGUAACGAAAACCACGGAACCCUCCAGGUGUUACAAGAGUUUAACGAGCUACAGGUGACCCAUGUGAGGCCCAAACUGCCACCAAGAGCUUAUUACAGGUUAUGUCAGGGUGAUGUGGUGACGUCAUUCUACAGUCAGGUGAACUCGUGCUGUAUAUGUGUGCCGUGUACGUACAAGGAGCUCCGGGAGAGCGAACACUUCCCCACCCUCCGUCUCCUCUCCGAUAACGAGGCCACUCACAACCCGAUAAGCGUCCUGGCGGAAGUCGGCAAAAUAAUCGCGAAGAACACCGCUCCGCUGGAGUCCCUGCACGGGAAAAAUGUGAUAGAGGUCGACCACAAGAUCCGGCUGCAGGAGUCGGCAGACGAAUUUAAUUUCCGGGAGACGUCAGACCGGAUCAAGCGCAUGGUGACGGAGCAGGAGCAAAACCUCAUCAAAUUGGCGUCAUACCGGAUUCAGGACAAGGGCGGCCUUUAUCACAUUAAGGGGAGCAACUCUAUCGAACAGAACCUCAACGAAAGUGUCGUCUGGUAGUUGUGCGGUGUUAAUGAUAGCUGUUUUAUGGAACUGUGUAACAUUAAUGUUUGUACUAUCAGUGUUUUGUCCUAGCGGGGUCGGGACGGAGGGCAUUUAGACAGACUACACAAGCAGCUUCGGAGUGUUCCAAACAUCAAAACUAUGGUGAGGUUAAACAAGAAUCAAGCCGUUCAAGUCUCGCCUGUCGGGACUCAUCCAUGGACGAAACAUUUGUUUUUCAGUUGGAAAAGAGGAACCUUCUAAGCUGUGUUUCACGUUUCUGUCAUACAUGUUUUUGAAUGCGGUGGAGUGAACUUAAACGGCUGUCAAUGGAAACUUGUUCAACGCGGCAACGGAAUGGUUGCGCAUAUAAUUAUUGUUUUAAAAUCAUAAAUACACGCUUUGGUUAAAAAAUCAGUUCAUGACAAACCAUAAAUGCAGACCUUAGAUUGAAUAAGUAUGCUAAGGUCUAAAAAUGUUUGCUUCGUCUAUUUAUUAAAUACCCGAUAUGCAUAAUUUGUGAACACGAAUCUCGAAAACAUAUUGCAACAUGUGUGUUAGUGUACUGCCUUAAGGCAGUUAUGUUCAGAUUAUAUUCAUGCAACUAUUUUACCUAUGUCGAACUGUUUGCCUGAUUGAAACUGCGUGUUACCGGUCUACAAGGUUGUAUGUAUUUAGGUGGAACGAAAAUAAUCAUUCGUUUUUGUAAUUUUAUAUUUUAAGUAGCUUUUGCCGAUGUAAAUUUAAUGGUGCUUGACUAUAAAAAACUUAUUGAAUUGAUUAUCAUUUUUAUCUUACACAAUAAUAUCCAGUCGAGAGUAUUAAUUAUUGUCAUAACUGCUUGCCUACGUCACUGUGAUGUUAUUUGUUAGUGUUGUUGCUUUACAAACAUUGUAUAUGUCUCAUCUCAUUAUCUAAGGCCAUUGAGAGAUCUGAGGCUAGUGGGUGAUAUGUAGCUUGUUAUUGAUGUUUGUAUAUGUCUCAUCUCAUUAUCUAAGGCCAUUGAGAGAUCUGAGGCUAGUGGUGGAUCUGUACUUGUUAUUGAUGUUUGUAUAUGUCUCAUCUCAUUAUCUAAGGCCAUUUAGAGAUCUGAGGCUAGCGGGUGAUAUGUAGCUUGUUAUUGAUGUUUGUAUAUGUCUCAUUUCAUUAUCUAAGGCCAUUGAGAGAUCUGAGGCUAGUGGGUGAUAUGUAGCUUGUUAUUGAUGUUUGUAUAUGUCGCAUCUCAUUAUCUAAGGCCAUUGAAAGAUCUGAGGCUAGUGGUGGAUCUGUAGCUUGUUAUUGAUGUUUGUAUAAUUUUUGUCUCAUCUCAUUAUCUAAGGCCAUUGAGAGAUCUGAGGCUAGUGGUGGAUCUGUAGCUUGUUAUUGGUGUUUGUAUAUGUCUCAUUUCAUUAUCAUGACCUUAAGGCUAAAAUGAAUUAAACUUGGUAAACUCCAUGUAUUCUAAUUUCCAUUGAUGUAAAGCCGUAUUGCUGUGCUAGUCGUGACGUUUUGUGUUCACCCAGGCGUGUGUACUGCAUCUAUACGACUGGGGUUGCCCUCACCCAGGCGUGUGUACUGCAUCUAUACGACUGGGGCUGCCCUCACCCAGGCGUGUGUACUGCAUCUAUACGACUGGGGUUGCCCUCACCCAGGCGUGUGUACUGCAUCUAUACGACUGGGGUUGCCCUCACCCAGGCGUGUGUACUGCAUCUAUACGACUGGGGUUGCCCUCACCCAGACGUGUGUGCUGCAUCUAUACGACUGGGGUUGCCCUCACCCAGGCGUGUGUACUGCAUCUAUACGACUGGGGUUGCCCUCACCCAGGCGUGUGUACUGCAUCUAUACGACUGGGGUUGCCCUCACCCAGGCGUGUAUACUGUAUCUAUACGACUUUGGUUGCCCUCACCCAGGCGUGUAUACUGUAUCUAUACGACUUGGGUUGCCCUCACCCAGGCGUGUAUACUGUAUCUAUACGACUUGGGUUGCCCUUACCCAGGCGUGUGUACUGCAUCUACACGACUGGGGCUGCCCUCACCCAGGCGAGUAUACUGCAUCUAUACGACUGGGUCUGCCCACAUUGUAACAUGUCAUCAAUUAGAUAAUAAUACUGGCAUGUAUAUAUACACAUAUUGGACAAUCAGUCUAAAUAAUAUUAUACUGUGUGAUUGUGUCGUGGUGUUAAUUUUGUUUAGGGUGGUCAAUUCAUUCAAGUCGUUUAUAGUAAAAGGUAUUUCUUCUGUAAAAAUAUAUCUGUCGAUAGUGAUAAUUUUAAUAUUAUCGUGGUUAAUGUAAUGUAUUUGUUAAUGUAUGUAAAUGUCAGGUGCAGUCUUCGUUUCGCUAUAAGUGUUGAUGCGUUUCUAAUGUUUUUGCUUUCAAUUUUAAGGACUAUUUUAACACCCUUUCAUUUUGUAAAUAUCCAUUCACAUUGUAUUUAUACUGUAUCGAGAAAAUUGGUGUUUACCAAGACAGUUACUGAUCGAUGUUAUUUAUUGUUAAGAUGUUAUGUCAAACGAGAGAUCUCUACAAAGGGAGACAACCAGGAACUGUUAUUUAAUGUUUAUAUAUAGUUGUUACUGAACUUGAUGCUUUGUUAUGAUGCAAAAUGGGUGUUGCAAAACUAUUAAAUUUGGCACAUUUAAA